AUGCCCAAUGAUUCCCCAUUGACCGGACAAGAAGGCGCCAAACUCACAUCCCAACUCAUCCGCCAGCGUAUAUACAACCCAACCCAACGUCGCUUAGACGAUUCUACAUCCGAGUCACUCGAACUACGCGGGCGGGGAGUCCUUGAAACGUCGCGCCGGGAGAGAUACGAGCUUGGUAUUAGUUCCCCCAAAGGUGCCAUUCUUCGCGACCGGGAUCCAAGCACGGGGGGGGGGCAAGUUAGAGCGUCGUACGGUUCUUGUGAAGUAGGAAUAUGCGGGUGGCAUGGUUCAGAGGCUUCCAACGCACAAGGGUGA